UCCCGCCCUCCCUGGAGCCGCUGUCCCGGGCCUGGCCCGCGCACGUCCGCCUGCUGCACCGGGGCACCAGGAGCCGCAGAGGUACGGGACCCGGCGGGGGCGCUGACCUCGGCCGGGAGUCUCAGGAUCCCGGAGACAUCCUUGUCUGCUGGGGCCUGUAGGUCGCACGCCGAAGCCCUAGCUGCUGAGGCUCACCGCUGGUCCGCGGGGCGAGGUCAGGUGCCCCCCUUCUCUCCUCCCUUCUCUCCCUCCCCCACCUCAGUGCGGGCGGGAGAUUCUGCCCGCCUCCUCCCGCAGGGGUGCAGCAGGCUGCGGAGCUGACAGCGGCCCCGCAGCCACCCUGCUCACAACUCUCCGGAAGCAGCUAGAGCCGAGGCGGCCGCAGUCCCGGCGGACCUACAGUUGGACCGGAGACUCCGAUCCUUCUGCGUCCAAACUUGGGGCACUUGACCUUCGGUUGUCGGAGGAGGUGUCUACAGCAGGCGCAUGUUGACUGAGACCUACCGUCAUGGAUGUGUGCGCCCGUCUUGCCCUGUGGCUUCUUUGGGGGCUCCUUCUGCAUCAGGGCCAGAGUCUCAGCCAUAGUCACAGUGAAAAGAAUACAGGAGCUAGCUCCGGGGCGACUUCUGAAGAGUCUACCGAAGCAGAGUUUUGCCGGAUUGACAAGCCCCUGUGCCACAGCGAGGAUGAGAAGCUCAGCUUUGAGGCCAUCCGCAACAUCCAUAAACAGAUGGAUGAUGAUGCCAAUGGUGAUGUGGAUGUGGAAGAAAGUGAUGAGUUCCUAAGGGAAGACCUCAAUUACCAUGACCCAACAGUGAAACACAGCACCUUCCAUGGCGAGGAUAAGCUUAUCAGCGUGGAGGACCUGUGGAAGUCAUGGAAGUCAUCAGAAGUGUACAACUGGACUGUGGAUGAGGUGAUACAGUGGCUGAUUACAUAUGUGGAGCUGCCACAAUAUGAGGAGACCUUCCGGAAGUUGCAGCUUACUGGCCAUGCCAUGCCAAGGCUAGCUGUAACCAACACCACCAUGACAGGGACUGUACUGAAGAUGACAGAUCGGAGCCACAGGCAGAAGCUGCAUCUGAAGGCCCUGGACACAGUGCUAUUUGGGCCUCCUCUCUUGACUCGCCAUAAUCACCUGAAGGACUUCAUGCUGGUGGUGUCUAUUGUCAUUGGUGUGGGUGGAUGCUGGUUUGCCUAUAUCCAGAACCGUUACUCUAAGGAGCACAUGAAGAAAAUGAUGAAGGAUCUGGAAGGGUUACACCGAGCUGAGCAGAGUCUGCAUGACCUUCAGGAAAGGCUGCACAAGGCCCAGGAGGAGCACCGAACAGUGGAAGUAGAAAAGGUCCAUUUGGAGAAGAAGCUACGUGACGAGAUCAACCUUGCCAAGCAGGAAGCUCAGCGGCUGAAGGAGCUGAGGGAGGGUACUGAGAAUGAGAGGAGCCGCCAAAAAUAUGCAGAGGAGGAGCUGGAGCAGGUUCGGGAGGCCUUGAGGAAAGCAGAGAAGGAGCUGGAAUCACACAGCUCAUGGUAUGCUCCUGAGGCCCUCCAGAAGUGGCUGCAGCUGACACAUGAGGUGGAGGUGCAAUACUAUAACAUCAAGAAGCAAAAUGCAGAGAAGCAGCUGCUGGUGGCCAAGGAGGGGGCUGAGAAAAUAAAAAAGAAGAGAAACACGCUUUUUGGUACCUUCCAUGUGGCCCACAGCUCUUCCCUGGAUGAUGUGGAUCAUAAAAUCUUAACUGCUAAGCAAGCACUGAGUGAGGUGACAGCGGCACUGAGGGAGCGCCUGCACCGGUGGCAGCAGAUCGAGAUCCUCUGCGGUUUCCAGAUUGUCAAUAACCCUGGCAUCCACUCCUUGGUGGCUGCUCUCAACAUUGACCCCAGCUGGAUGGGCAGCACCCGCCCUAACCCCGCCCACUUCAUCAUGACUGACGAUGUGGAUGACAUGGAUGAGGAGAUUGUGUCGCCUUUGUCCAUGCAGUCCCCCAGCCUGCAGAGCAGUGUCCGGCAGCGCCUGACGGAGCCACAGCUUGGCCUGGGAUCUCAGAGGUUGGUAGAGGGCGAGGCUGGCCACUUCUUGACAAGCCGGGUAUCUCUGCGGCGAAUGCGUAGCCUUUCAUCUGGACAGUCUUUCACUUCUGAAGGCCACGGGACCAGCCCUCCAUCUGCCUCUGCUUCUUCUUCCUGCUCCUCUUCCACUACCACCAUCGCUACCACCACCACCACCUCCACUACCACCACCACCAUCAACACCGUCCAUGUUCACCCUGUUUAUUAUCACCACAGCACUUCCUAUUUCCUCCAGAUGGAUCCCUACCCUGACCCAACCCCUUCUGACAGCAUCGCUGUGAUGUCUGGGCAUUCAGAGAGCUUGGGGGAUUUGACCCAUUCCGAUUCGGAGUCCUCCCUCCACAUGAGUGACCGCCAGCGUGUGGCCCCCAAGCCUCCUCAGAUGGGCCGUGCUGCAGAAGAGGCUCUCAAUGCCAUGCCUUCCAAUGGCAGCCAUCGGCUGAUUGAGGGGGUCCAUCCAGGAUCUCUGGUGGAGAAACUGCCUGACAGCCCUGCUCUGGCCAAGAAGACGUUACUGGCACUGAAUCAUGGCCUAGACAAGGCCCACAGCCUGAUGGAGCUGAACCCCUCAGUUCCACCUGGUGGCUCCCCACUUUUGGAUUCUUCCCAUUCUCAUAGCCCUAGUUCUCCAGACCCAGACACACCAUCUCCAGUUGGGGACAACCGAGCUCUGCAGGGUAGCCGAAACACACGAAUUCCCCACUUGGCAGGCAAGAAGGCUGUGGCUGAGGAGGAUAAUGGUUCUAUUGGGGAGGAGACAGACUCUAGUCCAGGCAGGAAGAAGUUUCCCCUCAAAAUUUUUAAGAAGCCUCUUAAGAAGUAGACAGAAUAGGGUGGUAGUGUUGAGACAGCCUGUCCUUCCCUGGGUCUUCUGCCUUCACCUCCCUUCCUUUUUUUGAGAUAUCUGGCCCCUAGAGUGGGGCAUGGAGGGGCUGGCCCAAGGGCCUGGGCACUGUACAUACCUGCCCCGCUCAUCCUUGGUCCUUCAUCAUUAUUUAUUAACUGACCACCAUGGCCUGCCUGUCCAGAUACCCUUCCCACCAUGGGCUGCUGCUGUCACAUCCUCUCCACUUCAGUGCAUGUCUUAGUUGCUGUUCCCUCAGUUCCCACUCCACUUUUGGGGUCCAGCUUCUGUCUCUGCUGUCCCAGUUUUGAGGUUUGGUUUUUGUUUCUGUCUCCUGCUUUCAGGCUCCUCUCUCCCAUUACUCCCCAACGUUCCCCAGCAGUUGUGGGGAAGAUAGGAGGAGUAACAUCUGACACCUGUACCUCAGAUCUAUUCAUCCUACUCACAUCAUUCUGCUUACCCCAGACUGGGCCAAGGUCCUAAUCUCUGGGGUUUGUUCUGUGGAAGUGUGGUGGACUGGAGGGAACCUUAUCCUGGAGCUCAUUUAGAUCUUCAGGGCUCCAUUCAGGGAGUGGAACCAACUCCCAGGGAACAAGUCACCAGAGUUUUAAAGAGAGGCCAGGCUUGUGAUUGAUGGGAGAGACUUCUCUUAUUUGGAGGAUGAGUAGAUGCCAAAGCUGUGGGCUAUACGGCAGUUGCCAUUUUUUCUCUUGCCCUGCCCACAUCUUCCUUCCUCUUACCUCUGUUCCCCUAUAUUGUAGGAGUGUAUCUCUUAAGAGGUGCUGCCCUGAAGCUCCUCAUGCGUCAGUACUACUGGGGCUCAGGACAACUGGCUCCCCUGGCUAUGGGAGCCACAGUCAUGACACAGGGCUCUUGUGGAGCCCUGGGCAAGGAUGUUGUAUUUGAACCAAAAGACAAACAGUUUUAAAGUAAAAAAAAAUUAAUAAUAAAAGAAAUAAAUCUCCUGAAUUUCCCAAGUGCCUGCACAGCAUCCUUCCUUUGUCAGACUCCAUUUUCAUGUUACUGCAUAGCCUGGGCCACAGGCUCAAAACAGGCCCAAUUGGUUUGGGGAAGGGGUGGAGAAGGAAGAUGGUGUAUGUAUGUGAAGGCUGCUGUGAGACCACUUCUCCCCCCACACCUCCCAUCUUCCAGACAACUCUCUCCUUUACCUGUUUUUGCUAUGGCUGUAAAGGUAUUUUUCCCUCUGCCCCAUUCUGCCAUGCCUCUACCCUGAGUUCCUAAUUUGGGCCUGGGCUGGGUGCAGCUGGGGCUGGUCUUAGUCGGGUGCUAGGCUGUAGACUGCCUUGGUGCCCCCUAGACACCCUCACAUGGGUUUUUCUGUGUUAUUUUCAUAAGAUUCUUUGAAGUCCAAUAAAGCAUGUAGGAGAUUUUAACCUC